AUCUAAGCACGUUUCUAGUUUCAGUUUCGACUCACUCACGUGACAAGUGUUUUGAGUGCAAUAUCACGUGAUGUAAAUAUGGCUGACGAUCAACACGAAGAGAAUCAAGAAAUCGAAGAAGAUGAUGUCCCUAGGCCUGUUUUUGACGAUGGAAUGCUUUCACUGGCUGGACAGGAUCUUACGAAAAUCCCUGUGGAAGCUGUCAAUGAAUUUGCUGAGAAAACAAAAAGAUUAGAUCUGAGUUUUAAUUGUUUAAGAUCUUUGGAUGGACUUGAGAAGUUUUCACAGCUAGAGGAACUUGUCCUAGACAACAAUGCCCUAGAUGAUGACAUAAAGUUUCCAAUGCUCAAAAACCUUCACACUGUUACUUUAAAUAAAAAUAGAAUAACAAAUCUUGAUCAGCUUCUGAAUAACAUCUCUAAAAAUCUUCCAAGUUUGACAUAUUUAAGCAUGCUAAGUAAUGAAGCAUGCCCCAAUCAGCUGUCAAGUCUGGAUAAAGACGAAGAGGAUUACCAGAGAUAUAGGUAUUACGUUUUGUUCCAAUUGCCUGGACUAAAGUUCCUAGAUUCCACAAGUGUAAAAGAUGAGGAACUAGCAGAGGCAAGAAGAGUUGGACCAUUUAUGCAGGUCAUCAAGGUCAGGGAGGAAGAGAUAGAACAUAAAGAAGAAGGAAACGAUACAGAACCAUCAGCAUUCACACCUCUUCCAAAUUCCACCAAAAGUCUGGAGAAACCAGUUGCAUCAUUUGGCAAGAGUAAAUAUAUCUAUUAUGGAAAGCACUCAGAAGGGAAUAGAUUCAUCAGAAACAAAGACUUGUGAAAUUACCUUUAUCAAAGACAAGGACAAUUCCAAUAUUACAUUUUAAAAAAUAAUCACCGACCCUUGGUUGACAGUAUUUUCACAUCAUCCAAUGUGAUUCAGAGAGCAUCUUGAAAAAUCAUAACAAGAAUGAAAUAAGAAAGACUUGAUAAUUUGUCAUUACAUUUACUUACCAGUAAAUACGAUAGAAAACGGCAAAAUAUGUUCAAUCCCAUUACUCGUACAUCAAGGAAUAUGUAAGAUGAUUAAAAAAAAACAAAGAUUCUAAAUUUUCCAAAUGCAUAAUGGAAUUUGUGUUGUAUAUGGGUUGUUCAUAUUAUUUGCAUAUACUCUUGAUUAUACAUGUACUUGAUUACUACUACAAAUUUAGUUACUCUAUUGGGUUUUUUUUUAAGGGAAGGGGGGGAAUUCCCAAGGCUCCUGUUAGUUUUUGGUCUUCAACUUACCAUAUGUUUGUAGUAUCUUUAAAUUGUACAAAGAUUUAAAGAUCACUGAGUAAGAAUAAUGUUCAUAUGUAUUUGGUCUUUAUGAGUGGAAAUAAUGAAUGAAUAGAGAGCCUUUUAAGUAACAGUAUAUGUGAUUAUCAAAUGCACCAAUAUCUGUACAUUCAACAUAAAUAGUGAGUAGGACUCUCGGUCUUGGUUAACACCACAGUGAAGGCGAUCUACUUCAUCAUCUGUGUAAACUAAAGAAUUGUGUAAAUACAGUUACUGUGUAACACUCAGAUGUUUUACAUUCUAGAAUGAGUAGUGGUUGAUCCGCACUUAUGAUUUGUACAACUGGUUGUUCAGCUAGUAUAAAUUUUUUUUAAAAAUACUUGUAAAUAUAUUGAUGUGUUACAAGUUGUCCACAUGUCAAAUGAAAUAAAGAUACAGAUGGAGUA